AUGAUGGCCGGCUUCAUGAGCUAUUUCGGCGGGCGGCGAGAUGCCAAACAGUCAUCCAGAGACGCCAUAGUCACACUGCGGCAGCAGCUGCAGAUGAUAGACAAGAAAGAGGAGUACCUGCAGAAGAAGAUCGAUGAGGAGCUGAAGAAGGCACGGGCGAAUGCUGUGGCGAACAAGGCAGCUGCGACUGCUGCCCUAAGACGGAAGAAGGCGACAGAGCAGGAGCUUGAGCGAUUGCAAGGUACACGGUUCCAGCUCGAGAUGCAGGUGAAUACGUUGGAGUCGGCGAGCUUCAAUGCGGAGACGAUGUCAGCCAUGAAGAAGGCGGCGGGUGCGCUGAAGGAUAUUCACGGCAAACUGUCAAUCGACAAGGUGGAUACGACGAUGUCCGACAUACAGGAGCAGACGCAGUUGGCGAACGAGGUUUCCGAAGCUAUCUCCACAAGCACUUACACCGGAGUGGAUAUUGAUGAGGAUGAGUUGAAGAACGAGUUGGCGGAAUUGGAGCAGGAUGAGCUGAACGAGCGACUCAUGGGGGCGGACCAUGUGCCACUACAUCAGCCCAGCAGAGUGGAGGAAGGCACGUAUAUUCAAAUGAAAAUCUCUAUUCAUCUUCGUACUUACCAUGAUUUCGCAGGUCGGCAGCCAGUGGCCGUGGAGGACGACGAGGACGCGCAGCUCAGAGAGUUGCAAGCAGCUCUGGCGAUGUGA